CUCCAAACAGGUGCAAAAUGAUUCCAUUUCUUUCUCGGAGUUCAAAAACACAAUUUAUUAUGCAACCAAAGUUGUAUAAAAUGUGAAGUUUAGAAUUUCUGUCAAGUCUCAAUUUCAAUCGUUAUUGCACGAAAGCAAACCGUGAAAGGCGUUGUUGCUGUUUUUUUGCAAAUUUCUGACGGAAAUAAAUCGGUAACACCGCUACUCGAUAUGGGUAUUAUUCAACUCGGCAAAGCUUCACGCGCGGCUUGCUCGUCAUCUCCCUCUCUUCACUGCCGCUCUCUGUGAGUCUGAAUGAGCGGCAGCGCCGGCUAGUCGACGCCAAUCUGUUCGCCAGAGCAGCCAGCUCGAAAAAACGAAAUUUCAGUGCUGUGCACCGGACCCGCGUUCCCAUUCGUCUCGUUGCAGCUUCCGCUGGAUUUUUGCAGCUUCAGAGGAAUUUGCUCCAAAUUUUCGUUCCUGCGUGGGAGCCGCACCUGCCGCGCAAGAAGAAACACCCUGAACUGGCCUAUCGAGUCAAUGAGUUCAUCAUGUCCGAAGGCUCCGACGACUCGCUCGACUCAACCGUGGGCUUUGACCGCGCCAGGUCGGAGGAGCGCACGGGCCGACGGAUGAGGCCGUCGAGGCGCAGCAAGUCCGAGGGGCCGCCGACGCGCUACGGCGGUUCCGACCUGGUCGAACCCUUCCAGUCCGAGUAUCGGCUGCAGUACAGCAAGAUUAUGGCCGCCAGGCAGCAGCAGCAAGAGCAGCAGCCCGUCGACACGAUGACUUCGAGUUUCCCGCCGCCCUUUAGACCCGCCUCUUCUCGAAUCAGCACCGAAUACCGGUUGCAGUUCGCCUGGCCAAAGCCCCCGCCGACCAAGGAGGCCCCCCAGCCGCCGAGAAAGUCGCUCUCGAUGGGCGCCCUCAGGGCCCACGCGCCCGUCCCCGUCCACCACCACGCCGCGCCGCAAAAGGUCAAGCGCCCCGACGAGCAUCGAGCGACCGCGUCGGAGUUGGAACCCCUUGUCGACGCACAGCACGCAGACGUGCUCGACGCCGGGAACGAAGACAAAAUCCUUGAGGAGACUCUUGAGAAACCUAAAAAGAGGAAGGAAUUCAAAAGCGAGUACAAGAAACGUUUCCGCCCUUUUUCCAAUUACGAAUAUGUGGACGGAGGCUUCAUGAAACGACGGCCGGAGGCUGACCUGAUGGUCUCGGAGUCCAUUGCCCGCGACAGCCCCGUGCCAGAGGUCAACACCCCCUCCGCCGACCCUUGGUACAACGAGGUCAUUGAACUCAGAAAGAAGGCUGGGGAAUACAAGCACCGCGGUUGGGGCACAGAACUAGUUCCGGAACACUUGGUUGAUCUUUAUGGGAAACAAGUUGUGCUUUGGGAGCAAGUCUCACGCAGAAGUUCCCUCUCAGCUCUUUCUCUGGCCUCAGCAACUCCGAGGUCCAUUUCAAAGGAAGAGAAGGAAAAGGAAAACUGCAAAAAGAGUUCGCCCACGAAGGGGCUCACGCGAUUUCCGGGUCGUGCCGAUCGCGUCGACGGCGUUGCGCGAAAUCAGGUUGACAAAGGAUGCGAGGACAAACGCGAUUCGGCGCGGUCGAGGAAAGAGUUCCUAGUGAGACAUCAUUUGGAAAGAACCACCGGAGCUGAAGAUGGCGCCCUCCUUGUAUCGCCCACUCGCGAAAAACUGGAACCCGCCAUGCCACGCCGCAAGGAGGAGGACUCGAGCAACAAAAGCCCCUCCAAAAGCAGCCCCAAAAGCAGUCCUAGAUCAGCUCGAUCCCAGUCUGUGGGUCCGUUGGUGUCUGAAAAUCGUUCGCCUAAAAGACAGCCGCGCACCCCGGUCUCCACCUCCAGCGCCGCCUCCACCGCUCCUAAGGCGAGUGCCCCCACCGAACGACGACCACGUCCCACAUCCCUCAAUACUUCAUCUGCAACCCGUUCCAAAAGUAGUUCAGUUGCUAUGAGAAACACUAGCGAGGACAAAACAAUAGGCAAGUCUGCCAAAAACGCCGCUCAGAGCGGCCCUAAAAGCAAAAGAGCAGAGCCGGUGAAAAAGCAGCCGCCUCCCCCGGCGCCUAAGAAAGACGACGACAAAACUUCUGGCGUCGACACGUGUGACGGCGGCGCCGCGUCUACUUCUUCUGCCCAGCAAGAUCUGCCGGCGGUGCACACGCAAAAGCCGACCCCGCCGUCGGCCGGUGGCUCCGAGACGAAGGAAAUUCCGCCUGCCGACGAACUCCUCAGCCCCGACACCAACAACACGGUGUCGCUGAUCGACGACGAGCCGCUCGUCAAGUCGCCUCCGGAGCCCACCAGGGUCAAGUCUCCUGAGCAGAUCAUCAUGCGCUCCCCCGAGCCUGUCAACUGGACAGUGCCCCUUGACACUGGCAAGACCUUCACGGUCACUCAGAACGUCCGCGAAGUUGUGCCGCAAGCGAGCAAGGCAGCCCGAGGCGAGCUAAGCAGACCCCACGGUGAGUCCUCGCGGCACUGGGGAGCCCCUGUCAACUCGCUGGAAGUCUCGUUCGACAAGGUGGAAGGGCCCCCGGAAAUCGGAGUAGCAGACGCGGCCCAGGUAGUGCUCAACGGCGACGGCGCCGACAGCUCGGACCACUCGGAAGCCACCCCGCCAACGCAGAAGAGCGCCGCCCUUGUCCUUCAAACUGCGGAGGCGGCCCCCGCCAUCAAGUCGGUGGCGGGCACCACCCUUAAGCGGCUUGACGACCCCGACCUGGAGCCUGCCCCCUCCUCCUCGUCCUCAGCCCCGUACACGGUGUUGGAGGCCCCGGAAGUGCCACUCGCACCUGUCAGGUCUUCCGGCUACCGAAUCCUUGAGGCCCCUGAGCCCAUCGAAGCGCCGUCCGCCCGCUCGGUCGCCUCGGACGUGCUCGAGAAGGCGCGCAACCGCUUCGACAAGUUCUGGGGAAAAGAUGCUAACAAUUUGUAGAGAAAAUAAUUCACUGCUUACUUUGCCCCAAAUAACCGUCGGCGGACCCCCUUUUAAUUGAUUUAGAUUUAGGGUUUUAAGCGGAGAGAUUUUUGAAAACCCCAUAGCCUGGUCGAACCUCAAUGCAAGUCCUGAGAUCCUGAUGGUGCUUAUAAGUUUCUGUACCUAUAAUGAGCAAAAUUAUUUCACCCCUUAUUUAGUUGCUAAAAAAGUAAAACUGCGCCCCUUUGGCCAGCAGCUUCCUUUGUUUGUUGCGGUAUAGCCCUCGUUUCGCAGUUGAAACGCUAAAGAGAAUUUUCGAUCCUUGAUCAUUAUAAGGUGCAGGCAACUGUGAGAAAACAAAUAACACACAUUUCCAAAAAAAAAACAAUACAA